GCAGGGCUGAGGUCUCUCGUCUCCGCAGGCACCACGUGGGUUCAGGAGAUCGUGGACAUGAUCCAGCAGGACGGGGACCCCCAGAAGUGCUGCCGCGCCCCCAUUUACCAGCGCAUCCCCUUUCUGGAGCUCUGCCCGCCCCGCCCCCUCCCGCGUGGGUUUGAAGAGGCUGCAGCGAUGCCCCCCCCACGGACCCUGAAAACCCACCUGCCCCUGGAGCUAGUGCCCCCCUCCUUCUGGGAGCAGGACUGUAAGGUGAUCUACGUGGCACGGAACCCGAAGGACAACGCCGUCUCCUACUUCCAUUUCCAGCGGAUGAACCAGUGGCUCCCAGCCCCGGGCUGCUGGGACCAGUAUCUAGAGACCUUUCUGUCUGGGGGGGUGCCUUGGGGCUCCUGGUUCGACCACGUCCGCGCCUGGUGGGACGCGAGGGACAAGCACCGAAUCCUCUACCUCUUCUACGAGGAGCUCCACAAGGACCCCAGAGGUGAGAUCCAGAAGGUGGGUCGGUUCCUGGGCCGGGAGUUGCCGGAGCCGGUUCUGGAGACUAUCGUCGAGCACACGUCGUUCGAGAGCAUGAGGGAGAACCCCAUGGCCAACUACAGCACGGUGCCCCCCUUCAUCCUGGACCAUGCAGUAUCCCCCUUCAUGCGCAAAGGCACGGUGGGCGACUGGAAGACCCAGUUCACGGUGGCGCAGAGCGAGCGGUUUGACGCCGAAUGGGCCCAGCGGAUGGAGGGGAGUGACCUGCGUUUCCACACCCGGCUCUGAGGGGGCAGCAGGGCCCGUGGCCCCCCAGCUGGCCCCUCCCCGGUGGCUCACGCAGCGAUUCUCAUGCUGCAGUUUCCGGGCUUGCUGGGGCCGGGCCGGUUGUUAGGGGUCCCCUGGAAUAAACCAUUGCACAGAACGAA